GCAGCACUGGCAGGAGCAGGGGCUGUGCCAGAGCCGGAGCUGGCGGCAGCAGCAUGCGUGCGGCGUCUGAGGCUCAGGGCACGACAACCACGUAGGCUGCCCACCGGAGCUUCCCCUCUCACCUGCCUCCGCUUCCCGCAGCAGAAACUUCACAGCUCCCCCACGCACGGUCCGGGCUUCUCCGGGGGGGCUUGGCACCGACAGCCGCAUGCAUGACACUCCGAAAAGGAGAGAAAAUGACCAUAAGUAUCCAGGAGCACAUGGCUAUUGACGUUUGCCCCGGCCCCAUCAAACCCAUCAAGCAGAUCUCCGACUACUUCCCCCGCUUCCCUCGCGGGCUCCCCGCCGCUGUUGGCCGCAGCAGCGCCCUGCGCUCCGCCGUCAGCCAGCCCUCCGUCAGCCCCGCCGAGGCCCCCCGAGAAGAGGACGAGGACGUGGACCAUCUCUUUGGAGCGUAUGGCACGACGCCUGCCGAGCAGCCAGCCAAGCGCCAAGCACCCGAGGAGGUGGUGGAUCCCGAGGGCUACGAAUCCGACGACUGCACCACGCUGGGGACAUUGGAUUUCAGCUUGCUCUAUGAUCAGGAAAACAAUGCUCUCCACUGCACCAUCAAUAAAGCCAAGGGCCUGAAGCCGAUGGACCACAAUGGUUUGGCAGAUCCAUAUGUGAAAUUGCACUUGCUUCCUGGAGCCAGUAAGGCAAAUAAGCUGAGAACCAAAACGCUGCACAACACCCUGAACCCCACCUGGAACGAGACCCUCACCUACUAUGGCAUCACCGACGAGGACAUGAUCCGCAAGACCCUGCGGAUCUCAGUCUGUGACGAGGACAAGUUCCGCCACAACGAGUUCAUCGGGGAGACAAGGAUCCCACUGAAGAAACUGAAGCCCAACCAGACCAAAAAUUUCAGCAUCUGCCUGGAGAAGCAGCUGCCGAUAGAUAAAACAGAGGACAAGUCACUGGAGGAGCGUGGUCGGAUCCUCAUCUCCCUCAAGUACAGCUCACAGAAGCAGGGGCUGCUGGUGGGCAUCAUCCGCUGCGCCCACCUGGCCGCCAUGGAUGCCAACGGCUACUCCGACCCCUACGUGAAAACCUACCUGAAACCAGAUGAAGACAAGAAAUCAAAGCAUAAGACAGCAGUGAAGAAGAAGACUCUGAACCCUGAGUUCAAUGAGGAGUUUUGCUAUGAGAUAAAACAUGGUGAUCUGGCCAAGAAGACCUUGGAAGUUACAGUGUGGGACUAUGAUAUUGGGAAAUCCAACGACUUCAUAGGUGGAGUGGUGCUGGGCAUCAAUGCCAAAGGCGAGCGGCUGAAGCAUUGGUUCGACUGCCUGAAGAACAAGGACAAGAAGAUCGAGCGCUGGCACACGCUAACAAACGAGCUGCCAGGGGCCGUCCUCAGCGACUGAGCGCCACGGAUCCACUCCCAGGGCAGCCACAGCCUUUGGACUCCUCUCGUGUGGGGCUUUGGAUAUGGGGGAUGGUGGCACUGGGGCAGCCGGUUGAGCGGGACAGCCCUCACCACAGCCCGGCUGCAGGGAAGCCCUUCCCAGGGGCCGGGGCAGCAGCGGUUUGCUCUGCUCAGCAGGUCCCAAGCUCUGAGGCUUGUCCAAAAGGCCUCUUCACACCCUGCGGCGCUCCUACACGCGUGCCCUCGCCUGGGCGGGCGCAGCCAGGUGCGCGCCACGCGCCUGCAUGCACUGCGGCUCUGACUCCUCUCCUGACUUUGCUCUACGGAAUCAGCUCCUCGCUGCCUUGCAACCCAGUGGCAAAAUGAAUGCGUCUGUCUCCUUUGUAUGUCUCAGCCGAGCAAAAGGCCUCCCCUCAAACCUGGGGCCUUUUGCUCAAGGCUGUUGUGCCACGUCGCUGGUGGUUUGUCAGUCUCUGUGGUUUGGGCCUCUACAGUCUUUUCUGCAUUUAAAAGCUCCUCUGUUGGAAUGGUUGUGCCCCUUGAUAACCUUUGGGAGACUCUUUGCUUUCCUUCCAGGAGUGUUGUGCUCGUCCUCUCCAGGUGAAGUGAACCAGGCAGGCUGACAGACCACUCUUGCUCCCCAGGGAGGCUUCACAUGUCCAGAAGUUAGGAGGGGGGCAAAAUAAAAAGCUCAGUGAAGCUGUGGACCAGCAGCAAAGUCCCUGUAAAACCACUUCUUCCCUGCCAGGUUUCAGCAUAGCUAUCUUUUUUUCCAGCCAAGCUACGUUUUUCUAUCAAUUUUCCUCCUCUCCUCUUUUUUUCCCCCACCUUUUCCCACCUCCAAAACACAACCAAAGAGCUCUAAGCUGUCACCUGAGCCAGCACCGUGUUCACAGAGAUGGUUCAGCUCCAGUGUGGCCAUUGGGUUGGGUUAAUUUUCUGGCUCAAACAGUACCUAGCCCAGUUUUCCAUGUUCAGCACAGGAAUGAAGGGGUCAUUUAGUAGUAGUAAUCCUUUCUGCAUCCAGUGGGGUGAAUCCUGUGGGGAUGGAGCUCCAAAGCCUCAUCCCACCGGGCACUGGCUCUUGUGCAAACACAACAAAUGUGUGUUGGAUAUGGGGGAUGGUGUGGGGGACAAUCAAAGAGCCAGGGCCGGUGGGAUGAGCUAAAAUUUUCAACUGCCUGUUUCACCCCACCAGGGAUUUUGUCAGCCUUUCACCUCUCAUGCCAUCAGAAGAGCUGCUGGUUGCCCAUCGCCUUCCCUGUGUCCAACUUCUUUGGAGUUUGGGCAACCCAACCUUUAUUUUUCAAAGCGGUGAGUGUGUUAUACCUUGUUUGAUAUCAGGGGGAGGGGAAAAACCCCCACCAAACCAGUGUUCCUAGGGGAAUUUUCUUAUUGGAAAUGUUCCUGUUUUUCAUCUGGAACAGGUUGUGGGUAAGUCCUGCCUGGGGGUGUUCAAGGCCAGGUUGGAUGAGACCUCGAAUGGCUGAGUCUAGUUGACAGACAUUGCUGCCCAUGGUGGGGAGGUUGGAUGAGAUGAUCUCUAAGGUCCCCUCCAACCUAAGCCAUCCUAGGAUUCUACAGAUCUGCAUGGAUCUGGCAGCUCCUCAAGUAGGAUGUUCCAAACUCAUCCUCUCUCUCACUGGGCCAGCACCUUAAAGCCUGGUUUAGGGUUUGAGCUUCCACAUGCACCAGGUUGCCUGUGCCUCCCUUUUCCCACGGUCACUUUUCAAUCCAUGGUUUUCAGCACAUCCUGCCAGGAAAUUGGCUUAUGCUUAGAGGUGGAGUAGGACAUGGGGCAUGUGGUGUGUUUAUAGGUCCCUUCACUUUGCCCCCCAGUCUUUUCUAAGUGGAGAUCUGUCCAUCCCAACUGCAUGCAGAGUGGUGGUCACCAUGCCUGGCCUUGUGCAAUGUUUGAUACAGAUGUUUUGCUACCAUGUGAAGGCUGCAGAAACUCUCUGUAUCUGCAUCCUAACCAACUUUUGUAUUUCAGUAUUAUCUCUCUGUGUACUUUUGGUCAGAUUUGUUAAUAUUUAUAAGAAGAAACUAAAAUAAAAAGGGGAAAAAGAAAAACAA